UGGGGAUUCCUGGAAGAACCAUCAGAGUAAACUAACGUGGCACUCAGGAGGGAACCUCUACUAAAUAGGAAGGCACGAAGUGAGUUAAGCCACCUUGAAACGUGGGGUCAUGUUGAGGAAAGAACAGGCCAAGCCAAGUUUGAGAAGAAAAUGGGCACCAUAAGUGAAAAACAGAUGACUUUUUCUUUGACUAAUGCUGAAUCUUCAGAAGAAAGCAUUCCUGAACCAAUAUCAGCCAACAUCUUUGCACCAAACCUACUUUUAAAUAAUGACUUUGAUGAACCUCAACCCUCUUCUUCAGGCCUGCACAUGAAAACCAUAUCUAGUCACAAGUCAAAAGAUAGAAGCAAGCCUUCUUUUCCCUGGAAAUUCCUUCUGCCAAAGCGUGGUGUCUCCAAACUCAUCUUCCAAGUGGUGGCUUCCACUGAGAAACGCAGUGGUGUCUCCCUGCAAGCCCUCAAGAAGAGUGUUGCAGCCACUGGCUACAGCCUGGAGAAGCGGAAGAACCAUUUCAAGAAAGUCUUGAGGGCCUUAGUGGCCAAAGGAUUGUUGAGGAAGUUGACUGGGCAUGGGCUGACAGGCUCCUAUGGGAUUAGUAAAAUAAUGUUGAAAGUACUGAGAAUAAGAAAGAGAAAGAGGAGGAGGAGGAGGAGGAGGAGGAAGAGAAAGGCAAUAGCUAUCCUUAACAAAAAGAAACUUGCCAAGCAAAGGAAGAGGAAGAGGAAGAGGAGAAGGUCAAAGAAAGAAAAGGCCAAGCCUGAACACUCUGAUCCACCCAAUUGUUGUAGUGAGAAGUCAGUAACGACAUGAAGUUUCCAUAGCUGA